CCUGCGUGUGUGCUCGCGCAGGCGCACGGCAGCUGCGCCGCCUUUGCUUCCUGCGGUCUGUACCUCCGCCCUCGCACCCGCAGCUUUGGCUUGUGCGAGCCGGAGCCGCGGAGCCCGCUGGGACCGAGGCCGGUGCGUUCGGGUCGGCAGAGGGCGGCCGCGGCUUUGCAGGCCCGGGAGGCCGAGGGCCGAGCUGACCGGGCCGGCGAGACCCGGGCCCGGCGCGGCCUCCUAGACCCGACUCCUUUAGUCCUCCUGCCGACCUUUUUCUGGAGCAUCGGAAGAUGAGUACAUCCUUGGGCCCCCUGUCAUUCCAGGAUGUGGCUGUGGACUUCACGCAGGAGGAGUGGCAGCAGCUGGCUUCUGAGGAGAAGACGACGUACAGGGAUGUGAUGCUGGAGAACUAUAGCAACCUUGUCUCCGUGGGGUACCGCAUUAUCAAACCAGAUGUUAUCAUCAAGUUGGAACAAGGAGAAGAGCCAUGGAUAGUGGAAGGCGCGUUCUCACCUCAGAGCUAUCCAGAUGAAAUCUGGGAAGUAGCCGACCCGAUGGAGGAAGUGCAGGGAGAUGAGGAGCCGGGGUCUGCUGCGCCCGACUACAAUCGCCCGGCUGAGAAGAUGGCCGAUGUCUCCGGGAAAGCCUCGGGUGUGGGCGCGAAGCCUGCUCCUCCGGCGAGAGUUAUACCUAAAUGUGACUCGUGUGAAAAGAGCAUGGUCUGCAUCUCCGACUUCAUCAGUAGCGAUGGCAGCUACGCAAAAAUGAAGCCCAAUGUGUGUGCUGGCUGUGGGAAGCCCCUCCUCCACGUUAAGCCUAAGAAGACCCAGCAGCCAGGAGACGAGUCUCACGAACUGAGUCAAAAUGAAGACGAUUACACUCGUGGUGCAGGGAAUGUUUGUCAGAAAGUUCGGAUUUUGGAGAAGCCCUUCCCCAAGGGCGCCGUGUUGGUCCAGCAGGAGCAGGCCCGCGGCUGGGGCGGGGCGGAGCUGGCCUUCCUGCAGGUGGACGCCGCUGGGGACGGGAAGCCCUACGAGUGCCGUGAGUGCGGCAAGGCCUUCUGCAAGAAGUCCAAGUUCGUCAUUCACCAGCGGACGCACACGGGCGAGAAGCCCUUCAAGUGCGCGCAGUGCGGCAAGGCCUUCUGCCAGAAGGGCACGCUCACGGUGCACCAGCGGACGCACACGGGCGAGAAGCCCUACGCGUGCGCCGAUUGCGGCAAGACCUUCUACCAGAAGCUGCACCUCAUCCAGCACCAGCGCACGCACUCGGGCGAGCGGCCGUACGCGUGCGGCUGCUGCGGCAAGGCCUUCUGCCAGAAGACGCACCUCACGCAGCACCAGCGCACGCACUCGGGCGAGCGGCCCUACGCCUGCGCCGACUGCGGCAAGACCUUCUCGCAGAAGUCGGCGCUCAACGACCACCAGAAGAUCCACAGCGGCGUGAAGCUCUACAAGUGCGGCGAGUGCGGCAAGUGCUUCUGCCGCAAGUCCACGCUCACCACGCACGCGCGCACGCACACGGGCGAGAAGCCGUACGCGUGCUCAGCGUGCGGCAAGGCCUUCUCCAGGCUGUCCUACCUCAGCGUGCACCACCGCACGCACUCGGGCGAGCGGCCCUACGCCUGCGCCGACUGCGGCAAGACCUUCUACCUCAACUCGGCGCUGCUGCGCCACCAGCGGGUGCACACGGGCGAGAAGCCGUACGCCUGCGCCGACUGCGGCAAGCUCUUCUCGCAGCUGGCCUACCUCACCGUGCACCACCGCACGCACUCGGGCGAGAAGCCCUACGCCUGCAGCGAGUGCGGCAAGACCUUCUACCAGAACUCGGCGCUGUGCCGCCACCGCCGGAUCCACCGCGGCGAGAAGCCCUACGAGUGCUACGUCUGCGGCAAGUUCUUCUCGCAGAUGUCCUACCUCACCAUCCACCACCGCAUCCACUCGGGCGAGAAGCCCUACGCGUGCGGCGAGUGCGGCAAGACCUUCUGCCAGAACUCGGCGCUCAACCGGCACCAGCGGACGCACACGGGCGAGAAGGCCUACGAGUGCUACGAGUGCGGCAAGGCCUUCUCGCAGAUGUCGUACCUCACCAUCCACCACCGCAUCCACUCGGGCGAGAAGCCCUUCGAGUGCAGCGAGUGCGGCAAGGCCUUCUCGCGGAUGUCGUACCUCACCGUGCACUACCGGACGCACUCGGGGGAGAAGCCCUACGAGUGCGCCGACUGCGGGAAGAAGUUCUACCACAAGUCCGCCUUCAACAGCCACCAGAGAGUGCACAGGCGGGGGAGCGGCAGCGUCCUCGAGGUGGGGAGGCUCCUCUCGGGUCAGACUUGACGUGGCCUGGUCAGGGAGCCAGGCACCCCUGCCCGGAGCCCCGGCCUGUCUGCGGGUGACCUUAGCCAAGGAGCCAGCCCGCCGAAACUACUUAGGAGAAGGGCUUCAUCUGUACUGAGCGUGUACGGAUCGCUUCUCGUUAUUCCUUAAGUAGUACAAUAUGAGAACUCUAUACUGCAUUUCUAUGGUAGUCAGCAUUCUAGGAGAUGAAGAUGAGUUAGAGUACAGGGGGCAUUCUGUAGGCCCUACACGUCUGCGCCGACAUUCUACACGGGGACUUAGCCAUCUGCAGACUUUGGUGUCCAGGUGGUCCCAGAACCACACGCCCACAUACCAAAGGAUAUCUCUACCUGAGAGGUCACACGAACGAGCAGGGACAAGUCCGUGUGAAGCAGAUUCGUCAGAAAUUCACAGGGCAGAAACCACGAUUGAAAAAAUACCACAUAGCAGACUCUACAGGAGUGGAAGUACGUGUUUCUCCGUGACUCCAAACUGCUUAUCAGGGAAUUGACUCAAAGACUGGAAAGCACACUCCUUUGGAAACUGCUAAUACUAAGGGACGUUUUGUAAAAACUAAAAGAAGGUAUCUGCUAGAAAUAAGUACACUCUAACUACAGGAUGUCAGAUCGUCAGUCUAGUUAGCCAGGUUUGCCGCACUAAACUGGUAAACAAUUCCCUAGGAACACAGGGCCUGGGGUUUCGUUUUACUGUUUUAAUAACCGUCGCAGAAGCCAUGCGUUCACUUUUAACCAGGCUUGGAAAAGUGUUGCGUUCUUAGUUUGUAACAGGGUAAGAUGACCCGUUUUAACUGAGUUCCCCGUCAUGUUGCUGUCUUAUAUGCACUGUCACUGAAGUAGUAUUUGAAGUUACGAACUAUGCUUUUUCUUACGUUCUUCCUUGGAUUUUAAAAUGUAUUUGGUCAUUAUUACAGGAUUAUAUUCUCUGUAAAGAAGCCAGCUUUUUUUUUUUUCAACUAUAGCAAAGAAGACACAAACAUGUCUAUAAAAUAGAAGAUUCUGAAUAGGUAACUUUUAAGUUAGCCGGAAGUCUCCAAGUGUGAGGAAUAGCUUUAGCACUCACAGUACUCUGUACAACUAAGAACUGUACUUAGGAUAUUCUCAUUUCUGUUUGGGUCACUUAUUUUUUAUGUAGAUAGGUACGUGUGUGUGGAGCACGAGGGCUGGGUGGCGCUGUGUCUGCUAGUGUUGAGCGUUCUCGCUCUGACGUUACUAGGAAGUGAGAACACAGGUAAGAGUGUGGCAGACGUCAUCCGUGGCCACUGCCCCUCCCGCCUUGCUUUGCGAGCAGGCUGAGUUUCCAUUUCUCCUCGACAGAUGGGGGAUGACUCCUGUUACGUUUUAAUUGGUAGGGAUAAUCCCGUCUCGUAGCCUUGGACCCAAGUUUAAAGAGUUAGGAUAUCAAAGAUCAUGUCUUGAAAGGGUCUCCUCAAAGAAGCAGAACCUUGGUGAACAUCUCCUUGUCUGGAUGUGGUGCCUGCUGACGACUCCCAACAAUGGACACGGUUUAACAGCCAUUACAGAAGAAGGACCGGGAAUGACCUCUCGGGGGUCAGGAGCCAGCACGCCCUGUAGGCACUCCUUGUCUGGACUGUGUGUUUUCCUGAGAGACUGUUGGUUUCUAAGCCAGUUGACUUGGGGACAGGUGUUAGGAACGAGACCGGCUACUUGCUGUAGCGCUACACUUUGUAGGAGUUAUGCAGUUCAGAAGCGGACUUCAGGCAAAUCCUUUAUUUUGAUGCGUUAAUAGAGAGAUUUAUUGUCUGUAAAUUUGUAAAUCUGAGCAUUGAAAAUGAACUUGAAACAAAUGUGUAUGCUUCCUGGA